AUGAAGAUGCAGUGGAACGAAACAGUGAAUUCCUCUGCGGAGAAUGAGGCUGACAAAGCUGAGAAUAGCGUCGACAGCAGGGGCAAGCCCAAUUGUUCUCCUUUGGAAGGCAACUUUGGCGAUGAUGCCAAACAACGGGAAACACCAAUCUCUUCACAUGUAACCUUGCUGUCAGGAUCGUUCCCUACGUCAGACAAUGAGGCUGAUAAUGAUGAGAACAGCAGCGAGAGCAAUCCAGUAUUGACUGUUUUGGAAGAGGGUGAGGCGGUAGAGCUGAGCUUGGAGAUGAAGCUAAACGAAACCAUGGAUACCUCCACUCAUGGCACUCCAGAAGCACCGUCCGAUGAAUAUGGAGCUGAGAAUGAUGAUGAUGAUAAUAACAGUGUCAUUAUCAGGAAUCCAGUUUUCCCGCUAUGGACAGCAGCUACAGAAAAGUUGCACAGGUGGAUUGCCCACUUUGUGGUUUCUCUGUCCAUGAUCGCUGCUCGUAACCCGAUAUUAUGUGUCUGCAGUAUCACGGCCGUAUCGUUGGCGGUCCUGGCGGUCGGUUUUGUGACCAACUUUGAAAUCAACGUGAAUGAGGCUGAAAUCUUUGGACCCUUUGGCAGUGCUCCGAUGGAGCAUCGUUACUGGACAAUGCAUGAGAGUGGCUUUCCCCAACCCGAUCGAAUUGCACGGGUGAUUUUGCACAACAAUGGUGCUAAUGUGCUGGGCAUGGAGCCCAUGAAAAAGGUUUUCCAAGCCAUGAACGCAGUGCGAAACACAUCUGGCUAUGAGGAAAACUGCGAGAGUGGACCUUACUUUGAUGUCAUUCGAGAAGAAAACACGUGCCGCAUCUUGUCUGCGACGCGGGCGUGGUAUCAUGACUACGCCCUGUUUGAGGAAAAAGUUCAUUCAGAGCAAGACCUUAUCAGAGCAUUGUCAGCUUCCGAGUAUCCAGGAGGAGAACCAGUUGACCACGAAGUGAUCAUGGGCAAUCUGGAGAAGGAUGAGUAUGGUAACGUCACCUAUGUUCCCGCCUUCAUGGUUCUUGUUGUGAUGACCAACAGAGGUGAAGACACUAAUGACCUCGAACUUCGAAUCUUGGACAGUCUCUUUGCCCUAAAAGAGGAAUGGGCCAAAGAUGUCGGAUACGGUAGCGAACUGCAACUGGACUUUUUCGUAGAUCGGUCCAUUGCAGAUGAGUUUGGCCGCUCCAUUUCAGGAGACAUGGAUCUCUUGGUGAUUGUUGUUCUGGUCAUGUCGUGUUUCACCAUGUUCGUGUUCCUACGGAGAGACCCGGUCGAGUCUCGAUGCCUCGUGGGACUUGGCAGUGUAUUCACAAUCGUCAUGUCUCUGUGCACAGGUUUCGGUAUAAUGUUCAUCUUUGGUGUCCCGUUCACUAGUACGACGCAGAUGCUUCCCUUUGUGGUGUUUGGAGUUGGACUGGAUGACACGUUCAUUAUCACGGGAGCUUUCCUGCGAACCGAUCCGGCGCUGAAACCCGAGGAACGACUUCGGCUGGCCAUGACAUCUAUUGGCAUCGGCAUAUCUGCAACAACAAUCACCACAAUGAUUGCUUUCAUGCUUGGGCUCAUGUCCAGCGUUCCUGCAAUCUUUUGGCUUUGCCUUUACGCUUUCCCGACAAUCUUCAUCGACUAUAUCUAUCAGAUUACUCUUUUCAAUGCCAUCCUAAUUAUCGACGAACGACGAGUCCGUAGCAAGAGGAGGGACUGUUGCCUUUGUUUCAGGGCAGGUGACAAAAGCAACACUGAAGAAGACGACAACAAGCAAAGCGACAGGGUGUCCUCUGGACAUGUUUCUGAUCGUGUCAUGGCAUGGUACGGGGAGGUACUUCUUCGGCCAGUUACAAAGGUUGUGGUUGUGCUUAUCGCUGUGGCUUUCCUUGCGCUAUGUGGUUACCGCGCAUCCAUGCUUACCCAAGAGUUUGACAUCAAGGAUUUCUUUCCAGCGGGCUCCUAUGCAACAUCUGCAAUGCUUGCCCUGGAACAGUACAACGAGAGAACUUUGCCCAUUAGCAUAACCUUUCGAGAUGUUGACCAAAGCGACUCUGAAGUGCAGAAACAGAUGCUUGAGUUCAUAGAGGAGCUUUCGGAGCUACCAGCCCUCGGAGAGAAACCCUCUGGCUGCUGGAUAUCCGACUUGGAGUCAUUCGAUGAAUCUGACUUGCAACAGGCGGUGGCAAAUUUGACUUUUCAAGAAAAGCUAGACUUUGCACUGACCUUGCCUGUUUUCAAGGAAGUCUAUGGAGGCAACCUCGUCAUUGACGAAGAAGGCAACAUCGUCGCUUCUCGAUGCAUGAUUAUGGCCAAGAACUCGCAUGUACAAGAAGUUGAUGAUAUCAUUGAACUAUUACAAGGCCAGCGAGCUGUUACAGAAAAGCAGCCAAUAAACCACGGUCGGUGGAGAGAAGCGUUCCUUACCUACUCUGGUCUUUAUCCUGCUUGGGAGUUCUACAGCAUUGCCGAGCAUGAGUUGAUCAUAAAUACCGUUGCGUCAAUUGUUGCCGUGUGCUUCGUCGCUUUCGUCUUUAUCCCGCAUUGGUCUGGAGUGCUCUUCAUACUUCCUUUGAUUGGAACCGUAUACGUGGACCUUUGUGGGGUGUUGCAGAUGGCUGGGAUCCAUAUCAAUGCCGUGACCUAUGUUUGUCUAGUCAUUUCCAUCGGCUUGAUUGUUGAUUUCCUCCUGCACGUAUUGUUGACGUACUACGAAACUGAUGGCGCAAGCCGUGAAGAAAAGGUCAAAGAAACCCUUCGAACCAUGGGGUCAUCUAUCCUGCUGGGUGGUCUCUCUACGUCACUGGGUGUCUUGCCCCUGGCAUUCAGUGUAUCUGUAGUCUUCAGGACUGUCUUCACCUGCUUUUUUGCAAUGGUGAUGCUAGGUAUUUCUCACGGAUUGGUCCUCUUGCCUGUUCUGCUAUCAGUUUUUGGGCCUAUGUCUCCCAAAAGGUGA